AUGGAGCAAGCCGGGGUUAUUAAAGCCUGCUUAGAUGACUUUUGCUCGGCAACAGGAGAAAAAGUAAGUGAGGCUAAGUCAAGAAUUUUCUUUUCGUCAAACAUGAACCACACGCGAAGGAAUGAGAUUAGUGGAUUUCUCUGCUUUACUGCCACUGCAGAUUUGGGGAAGUACUUGGGGUCCCCUUACAUCACCAACGUGUCACUAAACAGACACAAAAUUGACAAACGAGCUAGGAAUUUCCUCUGGGGCAGUACAGGUUCGGCGAAAAUAAUUCAUCUGGUCGCGUGGGAUGAUGUUUGCAGAAGUAAAGAAGAGGGAGGCCUUGGGCUUCGGAAUGCAAGGAAGCAGAACAAGGCUUUCAUGAUGAAAUUGGGAUGGGGUUUGGUAAAUCGAAGAGAGACUCUUUGGGUGAAGCUUAUACGGGAGAAAUACAAGUGCAGUAAUGACAUACUUCCAACAAUUGGCAGGAAGAAGGUUGAGUCACAGGCUUGGAAAGGUGUUAGGCAAACGUGGGCUCUGACAGAAAAGGGUAUUGGUUGGAAGCUUGGCGAUGGUAGUAGGAUUAGGUUUUGGGAGGAUUGUUGGAUCCCAAACCAUGAGAAACUUUUGCAGUUUGCUAUCCGGGAAGUCCCAGAGAGUAUGCGAGAGGAGCUCGUCACUACCUACGUGUCCGAUUCUGGUACUUGUGAGUGGCAGAAGUUUGCAGAAUUUCUACCGAACACAAUCUUGAACACCAUAAACCAAACUUAUCCCUAUGUACACGGGGAGUCCUGUGAUAGACCGGUCUGGAAAGGGUCGAGCAAUGGAGAGUUCUUAGUUAAAGCUGCGUAUAGUAUGCUAAGUGGUGAGAGCUUCGUUUCGAACAAGGGGAACCUGUCUCAAACUGAGAAGUACUCUGGGGUCACGUGGAGCACUUGGUUUAACAUCUUGUAUAGACACGUGUGGUUCAACAGCAAUGAAGGAGUUUUCCAGGAUAAGGCGAUAGGGCCACAAGGGGUAAUCUGCAAAGCGAGGGCACAAACAGUUUGGGCAGAUGCGGGACUCUGUCAGCCGGAUCUAGAGCAGUCUGGUUACAUUCAAUGUUCUUCUCUCUAUCGGAACAAUAGGGCCGUUAUGCUCAUUACUAAACUUGUUGAAGAGAUAAAAUAUAACCAAGCUUGUGGUGGUAUUACGUGCAGGACUGAUGGAAGUUUUGUGCAUGGCUUCAUGUUCCAUAUGAGAAGGGGUAGUAGUCUUCAAGCUGAGAUUUGGAGAGUGGUUUGGGCCUUGAAAAGAGCUUGGGACCUGAGAUGGCGUAAGGUUAUUGUAGAAAUGGAUUGCUGGGAGAUCACCGAACUCUUUGGGGCAGAAUGGAACGAGGCACAUCCAGAAGGGGAGUUACUCUCUAAGAUACGGUCUUGGAUGAGUCAAGAUUGGGAGACAAGGAUUGAGUGGUGUAGCCGUGAUAAGAACACCUUCGCUGAUACACUUGCGAAGGAAGCUUUGCAGAUCGCUCCUGGUGCUGUGUUUUUUGAUUCCCCCCUAGCUUCAUUUUAG